AAUGUAAAACAGAUUAAACAAAGAACUUAAAGACUUGACUAUUGAUAGCCCUCUUUCUUGGGUAAAAAUAAUACCAGAUCCUAAUUGUAGAUUAUUGUAAAGAUUUAAAAUAUAAAUAUUAGAUGGAAUGCAAUAAUUGUAGGACCAGAAGGCACUCCUUAUCAAGGAGGAAAGUUUAAACUGUCUAUCAGUUUUCCAGAGAAUUAUCCAUUUUAGCCUCCCAACUUUUAAUUCUAAACUAAAAUAUUCCAUCCAAACAUUGAUUACGCAGGCUAUAUGUGCUAUCAUACGAUUGAAAGAUAUGUAAUUUGAUUCAAUCAGCUAAAGGAAUAAUGGAACCCAACAAAUACAGUCUAAUAUACAUUAGAAAAAAUCUAAAAUAUACUAAGAGAAGUCAUUAUUUAGGACACUCACAACUGGACAGCUAAGGAGAUGUACUUAGAAGACAAGAAUCAAUUUGAAGAGUAUGCUAGAAUUUAAACAAAGAAAUAUGCUACAUGA